AUUUGGUUCGUUAAACAUUAUCGCCCCUGGAAACUUAAAUCCUGCUCCUUAGUUCCGACUUAUUAGUUCCGCCUCCGUGGAGGGAGCAGGAAGGGGAGUGAGGGUCCCUUGGCUGCAGAGGUGAUGGAGGAUGUCCUCGCCCGGCUCUGUGUGUCCUCUUCAUCAGACCCCCUGCCUGUCUGGGUCCAGGGACACGUCGGUGUUUGCUUCAAUCAGCUCAUUCUCAGCUGCGUCCCUCAUGUCGUCCUGGCUCUCAGCAGUGCUGGCCAUGCCGGGGCCCCAAGGCAUGGUAUUUCUGGCCCCCCCAGUCCCUCCUGGUUGUGCCGGACAUUUAUCUCUCUCAUCAUUUCUGGUCUUUGUGUUGCUGACUUGGUCCUUGGCGCCCUCUAUCCUCGGGAGGUUACCACCGGUGUGGAGGUCCUUUCUGGGAGUGUGUCCUGCUUGGCAUGGCUCGCCCACUUUCUCUCCCUCCUGCACCUCAGGAAGUCCUGUUAUGGAGAGUCCAGGGGCCCCCUUAGUCUGGUGGUGCCAGUGGUCCUGGUGACUCCGUCAGUGGUGAUCACGGUGGUGUGGUUGUGUGAGGAGGGCGCGGUGAGGUCACCUAUGAACAUUGUGCUGGUCUCCCGCUUCUCACUCCUGUGUCUGCGCCUUUUUUGUAUGGUUGUAUAUUUUUGUGCCGUCCUGGCCCCUCCCCGGCAUCUUACGUCUCCCACCGUGGUCUCCAUCAACGAUGAGGGUGAAUGUUCCCCAUUGGUCGACACGUUCCCCUCAGACCGGGACCAGGAACCAGCAGAGGACGGGGAAAGCUUGUUGUCACGUUUUUUCUAUCUCUGGAUGCAGCCGCUCCUGUGGAGAGGGGCCCGGGGAGGACUGAGGGGCCCUCAGGAUGUUUAUCCUUUACCCUGUCAUCUCCAAACACCAAGGAUUCGCCGGGACUUCUUCUCUAAGUGUGGCCCUGGGGCCCCGCGGCUCCUCCGAGCUCUGCACUCCUGUUUUGGGGCCCAUUACUACACCUUGGGGCUCCUGAAGCUGGCCUCCUGUGCUCUGGCCUUCAUGGGGCCGGUGCUGCUCAAUCUUCUGGUAAAUUUCAUGGAGACACGUGAGGAGGCCCUCAGCUGGGGGGUGCUCUACACCAUCGGACUCUUCUCUAGCGGAUUCCUUGGUGCCCUUGUCCAGAAUCAGUUCACACAUCAGAUUAACAAGCAGAUACUCUCGGUGCGGGCGGCCGUGCUCGGCAGCGUUUACCGUAAGACCCUCCACGGGGAAGGGAGCAGCCUCGCCUCGUUCUCCCCGGGGGAAGUCGUCAAUUUCAUGAGCACCGACGCCGAUAGGAUCUCCAACUUCUGCCGCAGCUUCCAUGAGCUCUGGAGCCUCCCGGUGCAAUUCUCCGUCACCCUCUACCUCCUUUACCAGCAGGUGGGCGUGGCCUUCCUAGGGGGGCUCGGCCUGGGGCUGCUGCUGGUGCCCCUCAACAAAGUCAUCGCCAACCGGAUCAUGAAGAACAACAAAGAAAUGCUGAAACAUAAGGACGCCCGAGUGAAGCUGGUGACGGAGCUCCUCUCCGGGAUGCGGGUGGUGAAGUUCUACACAUGGGAGGAGCACUUUGUCCGUCGGGUGUCCCAGUUACGGGAUCAGGAGCUGCGGAGCCUUCGUGCCAUUAAGCUUCUGGACGCGGUGUGUGUUUACCUGUGGGCAGCGCUGCCCGUCCUCGUAUCAAUCAUCACAUUCAUCACGUACGUGCUACUGGGGCACCAGCUGACUGCCGCCAAGGUCUUCACCUCCUUGGCCCUGGUGGGGUUGCUAAUUCUCCCCCUCAAUAACUUUCCCUGGGUGCUGAACGGCGUUUUGGAGGCCAAGGUUUCCCUGGAUCGGGUGCAGUCUUUCCUAGCGCUCCCGGAGCAGGACAUGCUGCGCUACUACCGCUGUGAAGCUUCUUCUAGAGAUGUUGCCGUGGAGAUGAGAAAUGCUUCCUUCUCCUGGGGGUCAGAGGUCAUCAAGGAUUCCGGAUCUUUCACACUCUUCAUCCAGAAUCUGUCUGUGAAAAAGGGCACACUGCUGGCGGUUGUGGGGAGGGUCGGCUGUGGUAAGAGCUCUCUGCUGUCAGCAAUCACCGGAGAACUCACCAGACUGGGCGGAGACUUGUUUGUCGCCCACCAGGAGUUUGGAUUCGGUUUUGUUGCGCAGGAAUCGUGGAUCCAAUUCGCCACCAUCCGGGAGAACAUCCUGUUUGGGAAGGAAUAUGACGAGCGGCUGUACCGGGCGGUGCUGGAGGCCUGCGCCCUGACCCAGGAUCUCAGCAUCCUACCGGCCGGAGAUCAGACGGAGGUUGGGGAGAACGGCGUGACGCUGAGCGGGGGGCAGAAGGCUCGCAUAAGCCUGGCCCGGGCUGUGUAUCAGGAGAAGGACAUUUACCUCCUGGAUGACCCCCUGGCCGCAGUAGAUACAGAUGUGGCCGCUCACCUCAUGGACAGAUGCAUUCUGGGAAUUCUGAGACACAAGACAAGAAUCCUCUGCACGCACAGAACCGAAUUGCUGGAAAAGGCGGACGUCAUCGUACUGAUGGAGGAGGGCAAGAUCCUCUGUACAGGUGCACCAGGAGACGUUUUACCUCGGGUGGAGAAAUCUCCCAGACUAGAAGCUUCUUCCCCGCAGACCCCGGACUCCGAGCCUGGUGGAGGUCCUGGCGGUGCAGAAAAUCGGGGAUCAGGUGCCGCACCAGAAUCGGGGAUGAUGGAGGAGGAGAAGAAGGAGGGGGCUGUGUCCCUGCAGGUGUACCUGGCAUACUGGAGAGCGGUGGGCGCUGCCCUGGGGGCCUCGGUGCUCCUGGCGUUACUCUUCAUGCAGGCGUCCAGGAAUGUUUCUGACUGGUGGCUUUCCUACUGGAUCACAAGCUUAGCGGAUGGACCCCAAAACUCCUCCCUGGUGACGAUGAGCCCCCCAGUGCUGGCGCCAUCUCUGCUGCUGUUUACUGCUGGGGGUCUCCUGACCCCGCUUAGUUGGGGCCGGUCCUCCGGUCAUAACUCCACCACCAGCCUCAGCUUCUACUUAUCGGUGUACGGGGGGAUCGCUGCAGCAAAUUCCAUCUUUACUGCCCUGCGAGCGCUGCUCUUCGCCUUUGGGACGGUUCGUGCCGCCACAGUGAUCCACAGGCGUCUGCUGCAUAAGGUGUUACGGGCCACGGUCACCUUCUUUGACAGGACGCCUGUCGGUCGCAUCAUUAACCGUUUCUCCUCUGACCUGUAUUGUGUGGACGACUUCCUGCCCUUCAUUCUCAAUAUUUUCCUGGCCAAUAUGUUUGGUCUGCUGGGGAUGCUGGUGAUGAUCAGCUACGGGCUGCCGCUGAUCCUGACCAUCCUGGUGCCCCUGGCCAUUCUGUACUACUACAUCCAACGGUUCUACCGCCACACAUCGCGGGAGCUGAAGAGACUGCAGAGCAUCACCCUCUCCCCUAUCUACAGCCACUUCUCCGAGACCCUGAGCGGCUUGAGUACCAUCCGAGCCACACGCCAUGCUAAGAGGUUUUCUGAGGAAUGUGAGUCUCGGAUGGAGCUGAACCAGCGCUGCCUGUUUGCCAGUAAUACAGCCGUGCAGUGGUUAGACAUCAGGUUGCAGAUGAUUGGAGUAGUAGUGGUCACUGCCAUUGCCAUAAUUGCAUUAAUCCAGCACCAAAGGAGCUCUGGAGAUCCAGGUUUAGUAGGACUGUCUCUGUCCUACGCUCUUUCGAUCACCGGUUUAUUGUCUGGACUCGUCUCGAGCUUUACACAGACGGAGACCAUGAUGGUCAGCGUGGAACGAGCCGAAGAGUACUCCACCACGCUGCCCUCCGAGCCCACACAGGGCACUCUGACAGUACGGUCUGAGUGGCCCCUGCUCGGAUGCGUUGAGUUCAGGGAUGCGGUCCUGUGUUAUCGGCCUGGUCUACCCAAUGCUCUGGACGGGGUCAGCUUCACCAUCCGUGCGGGGGAGAAGAUCGGUAUUGUGGGAAGAACUGGCUCUGGGAAAUCCAGCCUCUUCCUGGUCCUGUUCCGCAUGAUGGAGCUGAAUUCUGGCUCCAUCCUCAUUGAUGACGUCUCCACGCGUGAGCUGGACCUGGACAUGAUGAGGUCGCGGCUGGCCAUUAUUCCUCAGGAUGCCUUCCUGCUGAGUGGGACUGUGCGCGAGAACCUGGACCCCUUGUCCCGUCAUACAGACACUGAACUACUGGACGUGCUGGGGCAGUGCCACCUCCAGGACAUGGUGUCACGCAUGGGUGGCCUGGAUGCAGAGGUCGGAGAGAGAGGGAAGAACUUCUCCCUGGGACAGAAGCAGCUCCUGUGUUUGGCCAGAGCCCUGCUGACCGAGGCCAAGAUUCUGUGCAUUGAUGAGGCUACGGCCAGUGUUGACCACCAGACCGACCACCUGCUGCAAGUGACCAUCCACCAGAAGUUCCGGGAGCGCACGGUCCUCACCAUCGCACACAGGCUGAACACUAUCAUGGAUUCUGACCGAGUGCUGGUGAUGCAUGCUGGGAAAGUGGCAGAAUUGGACUCCCCUACAAUCCUGAGCAGUAGGAAAGACUCUCACUUCUACCGUCUGAU